AUGGCGACGGAGCAUGAAGCACACAACACUCCAACACAAGGUGACACAAAAAGGGGAGCCAUCACGAGCCAAUGCUGGGACUCCUCAAGCCUCAAAGGUAUGAUAGUUGCCGUCACAACUGAACCCAAUGGAGAUCCAGAGGGUCUGCAGGAGCUCCUGACCCAGUCCUUGGCGUGUACCGGCCUGCUAGUAUCGGGGCUCUGGGACAUGACAUGUACCUCCUUGCUGCAGGUCUGUGCUCUGCCCAUGGAGGGCAUAGGAUGA